GUGACUUUAGCCGUCUCGUUUGUUAGUAUAUGCUUGUGACCAGCAGCAUCAUGAAUUAGGAAGCCGUGCGGACUUUUCAAGCUCUUUAAGGGGGGGCGGAGACCCUGAUUAUUUCAAAUGCAGUGCGCGAUAUAUGCAUUAUUGUAUGCUGCGUGUAAAUUCAGUGCAAAAUGAAGUGAUUGAAACAUUAUUUUCGUCAUGUUAAUGGUGAGUCGAGAAGGUCGUGCAGUACCUGGACGAUCGGUGUUUUGUGAGGCUGGAAACAGAUACUAUUAGGCAACAUAAUAAUACAUAAGGACUUUAAAGCCAUGCCUGGAAAACUAAAGGUUAAAAUUUGUGCUGGUCGACAUCUGCCUGUUAUGGACAGAGCCAGUGAUUUGACUGAUGCGUUUGUCGAGGUAAAAUUUUCAAACACAACAUUUAAGACAGAGGUAUAUCCAAAAUCGCUUAAUCCCCAGUGGAACUCUGAAUGGUUUAAAUUUGAGGUAGAUGAUGAAGAUUUGCAGGAUGAGCCUCUCCAGAUUACAGUUUUGGACCAUGACACAUACAGUGCUAAUGACGCGAUAGGCAAAGUUUACAUAGAUAUUGAUCCAUUGUUAUGCAGUGAGGCUGCUACUGUUAUUUGUGGGUGGUUCCCAAUUUAUGAUACCAUCCAUGGCAUAAGAGGAGAAAUCAAUGUCAGUGUUAAAGUGGACCUAUUUAAUGAUUUGAAUCGCUUUAGGCAGUCUUCUUGUGGUGUCAAGUUUUUUUGCAGUACUUCUAUUCCAAAGUGUUAUAAAGCAGUUGUUGUUCAUGGAUUUGUGGAGGAGCUAGUGGUGAACGAGGAUCCAGAAUAUCAAUGGAUUGACCGAAUACGAACACCAAGAGCAUCAAAUGAAGCUCGUCAGAGACUAAUUUCUCUAAUGUCUGGUGAACUUCAAAGAAAAAUUGGCCUGAAAGUUUUAGAAAUGGGAGGUAAUGCUGUUGUGGGGUAUCUGCAAUGCUUUGACCUAGAGGGUGAAUCUGGACUGGUUGUACGAGCGAUUGGGACUGCCUGUACUCUAGAUAAAAUAAGUAACACCUCUGCAGCUCAGCUUCCUGCAUGCAAUUCUCCAUCUAAAGAAAUUAAAGAGUCUCCACCGGUUCACCCGACAAGCCAUGGAUGUCGUUCGACCCACAACAGCCCAAUUCACACUGCAUCCGGCUCACGACUAACUCAGAGCUUCUCUGUGUCUGUUCCUACUCUCAUCUACACUGGUAUGAGACUGCUUAGGCACAGGAGCUGGGGAAAAUGGUCCAUAAGUACAUGUAAACCACCGUUUCAUGAAGAUCCCAACCCUAAUACUCAUUCAUCAGGACCCUCCACCCCACUGAAAAACCAAACCUAUUCCUUUUCACCUUCCAAGUCCUACAGUCGACAGUCCUCCUCUUCUGACACAGAUUUGAGUUUGACACCUAAAACUGCAAAAUCCCCAAAGGGACCAAGGAUCUCCCUGUGUCCCAGCUCCCCUACCCUCUCCUCUGAUUUUCCAACUCUUAUAAACCCUUUUCAGCUUCAUUUGGGGUCUGGGACUACACACAGUCUUACUCCUCCCCACUCUGGCCAUGCAAGCCCUCUUGUGCUAAGGAAAAGUGUCUCUUUCAGUGAGGAUUUGCUUCUGGCUGCCUCUGGAAUGGGCAGUGGUGGAAGUGCUGGAAAAGACGGAGGACACUUGAAAACACUUUUAAGACAACAGACUCAGUCAGCACUUGAACAGAGGGAAUUUCCCUUUUUCACCUUGACAAGUUUUCCACUUGGUUUUCUAAUCCAUGCUGGUGGUGUAGUUAGUGCACGGUCAGUGAAGCUCCUGGACCGCAUUCACAAUCCUGAUGAGCCGGAAACACGUGAUGCUUGGUGGGAAGAAAUUAGACAAGAAAUCAAGUCGCAUGCUAAAGCAUUAGGAUGCCAUGCCGUGGUGGGGUAUAGCGAAUCAACAAGUAUUUGCGAAGAAGUUUGUAUACUAUCUGCAUCUGGGACAGCAGCGGUACUUAAUCCCAAAUUCCUUCAGGAUGGAUGCUUGGAUUGCUACAGUGAAAACAGGUUGUCAAGGCAGCCUACCUUCUUUUCCACAGGGUCAGAGAAGGGAGAGUUUGAUUUUUUUCUUCAGAGCAAGGAUAGUUCUUCCAUGUUAGGACUGGAAGACACAUCUCCUCCAAGCUGUGGAUUUUGCCAUAUACCAUAUGAUGAAUUAAAUAUGCCUUUUCCAGCACACCUUACCUACUGUUGUAAUUGUCGUAGACAGAAAGUUCCUGAUGUUCUUUUCACCACAAUAGACUUGCCAAUUGAGGCUGCAGUCACUGGAAAAGGAUGUCUUAUCCAGGCCAGACUGUGCCGUCUUAAGAAAAAAGCUCAAGGUGAAGCAAAUGCUACAGCGAUUAGUAAUCUUCUGCCAUUUAUGGAAUAUGAACUGCAUACUCAACUAAUGAACAAGCUGAAACUCAGGGGAAUGAAUGCUUUGUUUGGACUUAGAAUUCAGAUCAGCGUUGGAGAAAAUAUGUUAGUUGGUUUGGCAUCUGCUACAGGUGUUUAUUUGACAGCAUUACCUGCUCCUGGAGGUAUUCAAAUUGCUGGGAAAACUCCAAGUGAUAUAGCCUAUGAGCAGCAUAUUUCUAACAUUCAAAAGAAGAUAAAUGAUACUAUCUCCAGAAAUAAGGAACUUUAUGAGAUUCAUCCACUUGAAAUCAGUGAAGAAGUAAUUGGAUCACCAAUUCCGGAACCCAGACAGCGUUCUAGAUUGCUCAGGUCUCAUUCAGAGAGUUCAGACGAAGUUUCAGAGUUGGAUCUGUCUCACGGGAAGAAAGAUGCUUUUGUUCUUGAGAUUGAUGAUGCUGAUGCUGUGGAAGAUAUCCUUUCUUUAUUAACAGAUGCCCCUCUGCCGACAGGUUUUUACAGCUGUAACACUGAGAACAUGCCGGGAAUUCACAACUGGACAUCCAGUAUACAGAUGUUUACCACAGUGAGAGUGUUCAGGCUAAAUAAUGUAAACGUAACAAAUCAAGGACUCAACAAAUGUUUUAAUGACCUCUGUGAAAAUCUUCUAAAGAGUCUAUAUUUUAAGCUGCGUUCCAUGAUUCCAUGCUGUAUCUGUCAUCUGAACUUUACUGUUGCUGUACCAGAAGAUGAACUCAUUCAGGUGGCUGCCACUGCUGUUGCCAUGACAUUUGAUAAAGAUCAAUCUCAGGAGAUCCUAAAAUCUAACACAGCACCUAUGAAGGCUAUAUCUGAAAAUGAAGAACAACUCCAGUUUCCAAUGGAGCUCUCUUCUGACUCUCCAUCAGUCCAAACAUUUCCACCAAGCAAAGGUACAGGAUUGUUAGAGAAUGCAAGCCCUCAGACAAUCCAAGGAACCUCUAGAGCCACCUCAGUUGAUUACAGUUCCUUUGCAGACAGAUGCAACAGCUGGAUUGAGCUCAUUAAACUGAAAGCUCAGACCAUAAGACGAGGAUCAAUUAAGACAACUCCUUCACUAGACAAAGCAAGUCCUCUUGCUGAAGGUCACUUGCGUCUUCGUUCUACCCCAUCCUGCACAGACUCUACUGUCACUGUAGUCAAGAUGACUCCACUCUCUUUCAUCCCUGGAGCAAAAAUAAUCAAAUAUCUGGGCAUCAUCAAUAUGUUCUUUAUCCGUGAGACCACAUCUCUGCGUGAGGAAGGUGGUGUCAGUGGAUUUUUACACACCUUUAUUGCUGAAGUGUUUGCUAUGGUGAGGGCUCACGUUGCAGCCUUAGGAGGAAAUGCAGUAAUUUCCUAUAUAAUGAAAGAAUGUGUUUUCAUGGAAAAUUCUAAUAAAAAUCAGGCACAGUGUCUUAUAAAUGUUAGCGGAGAUGCAGUUAUCUUAAUACGGGAGUCUGAACAAGAAGGCGUGCCAAUCCAGACUCAUGGAUCUACAAACCAAACACCACAAUCUGGAGGAGCACCUGUUUCUUAAAGCAUGAUAACAUGAAGACUGUCUUUGACAUUAUCCGACACGUAGCUGAUUACGACAGAAGUCGCUAUUACAUUUAGGUGUCCUGCUCCUUCUUAAUGUAAUUAGGAAUAUAGUGCUGUAUGUGAUGGUGCAAAGCUGUGUGUAUUAAGGCAGACUGAUUUACUGUACUGUUUCAUGAGGUGCGCAAUUGUCCACCAUUUUCACCUUUUAUAAAAACAGGAAUUGUUUCUGUAUUUUUGAACCUAAGCAUUUGAGAAGUGAGUUUAGGCUUUGAUACCUUAGGAAUUAAAACCAUUACAGCCAAAGAAAAAAAUGUAAUUUUGGACAAGAUCUUGAAAUUUAAAAGCCAGCUAAUAUUUUAUGGCAAAUAAAAAAUGAUAAAGCUUCAAGCUUUAAGUUUUGAUUACUUAUCAAAAUGCUUUACAGAAAAUUGCAUGGUUCAAUUGUAAAAAUUAAUAAUAUCAGUAAUGCGAAAAGUUUCACAUUUUCAGGUUUUGACCUUCUAGUGAUUUAAUUUAUAAAAAUUUUUCAAAUUUUAUUAGAUUUAAUUAUAUGGAGCUGGUCAUUCUUCCAAUGUCAUCAUAUCAUUUAUGUACAGUAAGUAUGCAUUGUUUUUCUAAUACACUGGAAAUUUCCCGCAGCAAAAAGUGAUUGAUCCUUAAAUAAAAAUACAAUUUAU